AUGACGAAGUUCAAAUCAUUUGCAGAGAACCAAUUGGACGGCCAGCAUAGGGAUGACGACAUGGGUACGCUGUUCGACAUGAUGAUCCCGACCCUCGACGCGCCGGAGACCGUGCCGCUGCCUCCGGCGGCAGCUGCGCCCAACCACUCCGGCUCGACCUCGCAGCACAGCAGCGACGACCAGGACCCGUCCACCGCCGACCUCGGCGUGGACCUGCCGGCCGCCGGCGGCGCGAGCCCGUCGGACCAGGACUGGGGCCUCGACGGCGUCUGCCAGUGGAGCAGCAUGUCCAGGAUCUGCUGAUCGCCCUCAGCAACUGCAGAAGCAGGACCGGCCGACGCAGCCGUGUCAGACCAUCGAUCAAGAUGCUGCGCGCCUGCGCUUGAGACGUCCGAUGAUUCUAAGAACUCAUUAAGGAGAGAGAUCGAGUCCCUUUUUCUGAACCUUUUCCUUGAUGCUGUCAGAUGCCAGGCAUCAUGGACAUCAAAUCUGUUUGUGUUCCGUUCUUGACGACUAUGUUGGUUGGUUGGUUACCGACUCAAUCUCAGCUGCGCAAUCCAACCCAACUUGCGUCAGCGUCUAGUAAUGUUUCUUUCCAAUUUAUUUGACA